CGAGCCGAGCAUCUGGAGGAGCUGUGACCGGCGAGGGGAGGCGGAGGACGGGGAGAGAAAGAGAGAGAGGAAGGAAGGAAGGCAGGAAGGAGGCUCCGGGAGGACGAGACGAGAGGGGAGGAAGAAAAAAACGGAGGCCCUCUCUGGACGUGGGGGGGACAUCGGGUAACGUUGAAGAGGGGUCAUCUCAGUUUUUCAGUUUUUUUAAACCACUUUUUAGUAAAAAAGAAGAAAAAAAGAAAAAAUUGAGUUCACGAUCAACAAUCUCCCGCCCCGCUCAACAUGCCCUCCAAUGCCGUUGUGGCUACAUUCAAAAGCUCUGACUCGACGGGAAGCAGGAUGGAUGACGACGGCACAACGACGGACGCCGAGCCCGCGACGGACGAGGCUCGCACCCUGAACGUCGCCGACAAGCCGGCGCGGAAACGCGCACAUCUCACAGCGGAAAGCGGCUCCUUCCAAGAUGGCGUCCGCGGCCACCCAGGUGCUCUGACGGCCCACUACAACGGCGACGCGAGCGCCCGCCCGCGAGGCGGGACGUCGGACGCCCGCGUCCCCGAGCCAGACGGGAGGGAAGCGGAGAACGGGAUCCUCAGGGAGCUUUCCUCCUCCUUCUCCGCCACCACCUCCUCCUCCUCCUCCUCCUGCUCUUCCUCCUCUUCUUCUUCCUCCUGCUGGCCAAACGACGGCGUCCAGCAUCCGAGUUCCGGCGAGAGGGACGAGCGCACGGCGCCGCACAAGAAGCGAGGGAGGCGGAAACUGGAGAGACCCACCAAAUAUGUGGAGCACACGGAGGAAGAUGACAGCGAAGAGCUUAAGAGCGAGGGAGAUCGCGGGAGGCUGCGAGGGGGAGUUGGCGGGGAGAUCAGCCUUCGUCAGAGGCCCGUGCCCAGAAUAACCUUCCAGGCCGGAGACCCUUAUUACAUUAGCAAGCGGACCCGAGAGGAAUGGCUGGCCAAGUGGAAGAUGGAGGCAGAGAAAAAGGCCAAACUGAUGUCAGCUAUGAACACAAUAACGGAUCCGGACUCGAGCAAGGAACCUGAGAUUUCGCCCGGCCAGCGUCUGCCGACUUCCAAAGCGCCUCCGCAGCCGCUACGUCAGCCUCCGCAGCAACGGCCGCCUCCAGCGCCUCAGCCUGCGCCUCAGCGCCCGCCGCAAUCUCAGCCGGCGCAAUCGCAACCGUCUCUGCCGCAACAGCAAGCGCCUCAACAGCAGCAGCCUACCGAUCCGGCCUCACCUACUGUGGCCACCACCCCUGAGCCCGUCGCCAUUGCAGGUGGAGACAAGACCUCCCCCAAGGCUGCAGACACCGAACCCGAGUAUGAGGACGAUCGCGGUUUUGGCAUCGGCGACCUGGUCUGGGGGAAGCUGCGAGGCUUCUCAUGGUGGCCGGGACGAAUUGUGUCCUGGUGGAUGACGGGACGGAGCAGAGCCGCAGAGGGGACCAGAUGGGUCAUGUGGUUCGGAGACGGCAAAUUCUCAGUGGUUUGUGUUGAGAAACUCUUGCCCUUAAGUUCCUUUAACAAUGCCUUUCACCAGCCAACUUAUAACAAGCAACCCAUGUACAAAAAAGCAAUCUACGAGGUGCUACAGGUGGCCAGCGGACGGGCAGGCAAAGCCUUCGCGCUCCGUCCGGCCAGCGACCACAGCGAUACUUCCAAAUCUGUGGAACUUCUAAACAAGGAGAUGAUCCAAUGGGCUACGGCCGGAUUUCAGCCGACCGGUCCCAAAGGCUUGGAGCCGCCGGAGGAGGAGCGCAACCCGUACAAGGAGGUCUACCCGGAGAUGUGGGUGGAACCGGAAGCCGCCUCCUACACGCCGCCGCCGCCGGCGCCGCCGCCCGCUAAGAAGCCUCGAAAGAGCACCCAAGAGAAACCCAGGGUCAAAGACAUCAUCGACGAAGGAACACGAGAGCGACUCAUCUACGAAGUCAGACAAAAGUGCCGCAGUAUCGAAGACAUCUGCAUCUCCUGCGGGAGUCUGAAUGUUAGCCUGGAACACCCGCUCUUUGCGGGAGGAAUGUGCCAGGGAUGCAAGAACUGCUUCCUGGAAUGCGCCUAUCAGUACGACGACGACGGGUAUCAGUCGUACUGCACCAUCUGCUGCGGCGGACGGGAAGUGCUCAUGUGCGGGAACAACAAUUGCUGCCGGUGCUUCUGUGUGGAGUGUGUGGACCUCCUGGUGGGCCAGGGCGCCGCCCACGCCGCCAUUAAGGAGGACCCGUGGAACUGCUACAUGUGCGCUCCCAAGGGGGCGUACGGCCUUCUGGAACGUCGCCCCGACUGGACGUGCCGCCUGCAGCAUUUCUUCGCCAACAACCACGACCAGGAUUUUCAACCGGCAAAGCUUUACCCGCCCAUCGGGGUUGAGAAGAGGAAGCCAAUCAGAGUCCUGUCGCUCUUCGACGGGAUAGCAACGGGGCUGCUGGUGCUGCGCGAGCUGGGCAUCCGGGUGGAGCGCUACGUGGCCUCGGAGGUGUGCGAGGACUCCGUCACGGUGGGGCUCGUCCGGCAUCAGGGCCGCAUCAUGUACGUGGGCGACGUCAGGAACGUCACGCGCAAGCACAUCCAAGAGUGGGGUCCGUUUGAUCUGGUCAUAGGCGGAAGUCCAUGCAACGACCUCUCCAUCGUCAACCCGGCGAGGAAAGGCCUUUACGAGGGCACGGGCCGCCUGUUCUUCGAGUUCUACAGGCUGCUGCACGAGGCUCGGCCCAGGGCGGGGGAGGAGCGGCCUUUCUUUUGGCUCUUCGAAAACGUGGUGGCCAUGGGCGUCAGCGACAAGAGGGACAUUUCUCGAUUUCUGGAGUGCAACCCGGUGAUGAUCGACGCCAAGGAAGUGUCGGCCGCCCACCGCGCUCGCUACUUCUGGGGUAACCUUCCUGGCAUGAACAGGUCGGUGGGUGAAUGGCCUCUGACGGCCAUGCGCAAUGACAAGUUGGACCUGCAGGACUGCUUAGAACACGGCAGAACCGCCAAGUUUGACAAGGUGCGGACCAUCACCACCCGGUCCAACUCCAUCAAGCAGGGCAAGGACCAGCACUUCCCCGUCUUUAUGAACGAGAAGGAGGACAUACUGUGGUGCACCGAGAUGGAGAGAAUCUUUGGCUUCCCAGUCCACUACACGGACGUGUCCAACAUGAGCCGACUGGCCCGGCAGCGUCUGCUGGGACGAUCGUGGAGCGUUCCCGUCAUCCGCCAUCUUUUUGCACCACUCAAAGAUUACUUUGCCUGCGUUUGAGCGCGCCCUUUUGACAGCCCUUUAAGCGGCAUCAGAGCCACGAGCCUCCGAGGUUUCCCGCUCGGAAUUUUCUUCGGUGUAGACUUCCCGUGUUCUAUUUGUUAUUCUUAUUUAUUUUAUUUUUUAGCAGUGUUAUUAUCGCCUUGAUUUAGUUUUUUUUUUUUUUUUUUUUGCGUGAGCUAUACUUGAGACUAUGCGAAGAGCUAAACAUGGGGUGACCGUACUGUACUUUUUUUUUUUGCCUAGCUUCUGGCAUAAAGGGAGCUCUCCGAAUCCCCCCAAAAAAACAAAACAAAACACCAACAUCACAUAUACCUCGUCGUUUACAGCUUCUGAAGGUAAUACAAAAAAAAAGGUACUACUACUACUAUUACUACUACUACUACUACUGUAAUAUGGCUCCAAUGCCACGGUGCUCCGCAAUGGCGGGAAACGUCGUCAACUGAGCUCUUUUGCGUGAAAAAGACAAUGAGAAAAACAAAGAAUUAAGUGUUGAGGACGUCUGUGCUUUUUUUUUUCAUUUUUAUUUUUUUGCCGCUUUUCUACAAAGUUCUUACUGGUGCUCUCUUGUUCAAAACUCGCCUUCCCGAAGGGCACAAACUAAGCUAAGUGACAAUGUUUCCCGCCGUUGGAAAAAAAAAUAUAUAUAUAACGUCACGUUCCAUACUGACGACAUUUACUGUACAUUUAGCGAGAGGUGAGGGGAAAAAAAAAGAAAACAAACAAACAAAACGGAGAAAAAAAAAACCUCAACAACAUGGUGCGGCUUUAAGAGUCCUUAAAGUCCUUAAAAAGUCCUUCUACCUUUUUAUAGCAAUUUUGGGUGUGCUGUUUUAUCAACAUUAUAAAAGCACUUUUAUACUUUGAUUUUUUUUUUUUUUUAAUCUAGGUGGAAGUGAUUUGUUUGACAAUAAGGCGAACUACCCUGGCGCAACACUUUUUUUGUAGACAGUAAGGCCAAUAGUAGGGGAGGGAGCGGGUAAUUUCUUUGUUUUUUUUUUAAAUUCCUUUAAAUAUGUGAAAAACUUUCUUGUAGGACGCGAUGUAUAGUCAGACGCCCCUCCUUCUUUGUUGUAAAGCGGCGAUAAAUAUACGUGGAGUGUAGAACCACCCAGGUUUUAUUAAGAUUGUAAUUGUGCAUUUUAUAUGAAGCAAACGUGCUUUAAAGCACCCCCCUUCCACCACUAUACCCACAAAAAAAUAAUAAUAUCCAAACAAAGUUGACUGCUUAAUGUUGGUUGAAAUCGGAAUUGUAAAGAAGAAAAAAAUGUUCAUAAUUCAAUAUUUUGUGGUUGGGAGAAGAAAUAGCCAGGGGACAAAAAAACAAAGUAAAUAUGUAACGAUUAUUUCUGACGUAUCCUCUGGUCGGCCGUCUAUUUCGGAAUCCGUUCGAACCCAGAACCACAGAACUGCGAGGCAGACGUGUAAACCACCGUUUUCACCUCCAUGUACGGAAAUAAGUGAAUAAAUUCUCUUGAUGGUAAACCGCGGAAAAGGUUAGCUAAACGGGGGAUUUAAGCGUUGGCUUGUCAAAACGAAAAACUGACAAAAGUAUAUUCAAAAAAAUGUUUUGCAUAUCUAUUUAAAAGAUUUUAACUCAAUCUCUUAAUGUAACUAAGUUCUUAAGUGACCUUACCGCCAUCAUUUUCCUCACUUGCCGCCAAACUUCCGUCUUCUGUUUGUACAUUUUUGUACAGAAACGUCGUCUUGGUUUUUGUUUUUUUGUCCCUGCUAUUGGAUGGAAAUGUACAAAUGUAAUUCUUGGUUAAUAUAUAAUCAAUUGGGUGUUUUUGGGGCGGGGGGUGUUUAUAAAAGAAAAAAAAUCGUGAUGAAUUUUGAUUGCGAUCUAGAUGUAGUUUGGUCCAGUGUUUCCCAACCUUUAUUAUUAGGAACAUCUCACUUCAAACCAAAACGUCACAAAAACUGUAUCGUGUUCCAAUAAAUCAUUUCUAGUCGUAAUUAACUUGGAAAAUGAUUGUGACCAAAUAUGGGAAGGCCUGUUUCGUUGACCGCAAAUGGGCAAAAGUUUAAUUGUACCUUCCUUCUGCCAUCGAGCGAAAGAGCAUUUAACUGUUGUGCCUCUCUCGAGACAUCACUGGCAGAGAGAGGUGAACAAAGAUUUGUGGUCAACUCAUCAUAAUUUGCGGACCAAUUGUGUGAAAUUGAAGAUUGUCUUGGUUGGAAAUCGCUGGUUUAGUUGCUAUUUUCCGCGCGCGAAGGCGGGCACAGCCCAACCCCGGCGCCAUUUUGUUCAGGCUUGUCACGGAGCAACUGUCGCGAGUUGCUCUUUCCACUUUACGGCAUCUAGAAAUCUUGAGUUUUGUUUUUCUUGCUUUAUCAGACAAACGAUUAUUUGAUGUAACUACAUUAACUAAAGGCAUUUUAACUUUGACGGGAAGAAAGAAAAUGUUUUCUUACGUUGUUUUAGACUUUUAGAGGAUUACUGUAGUCGGUGCGUAUUUGUGGGACAGUUGUGAGAAAGGAAAAAAAAAUGGCAGCGCGAUGUAUCGAUGCGCUUGUUUUCUCCCCCGAAAUUCCGCGCGGUGAACUUCUCCCCAUGUCUGUUUUUUGAAAUGUUUGAUUCACAUCACUGGUCAAGGCGAAUCGCCUUCGAAACCGUCACUGUUGUUUAUAGCCGAUGUGCUUUUUUCGGCCCCUUUGGAGUUCAGUUCUGACAGCAAAUGUAGCACUCAGAGCUUCACACACACACACACACA